AUGGCAGACGCUGAUCCGCCCGCUGCUGUGCCGGAAGGGGCCCCUGCUGAAGAGAAACAGCCUCAACCUGCCCCAGAACCACCCGCAGAGGAAUCCGCAGCAGAUCAACCUGCUCCAGAGUCAGCUCCGGAACCAGCAGCCGAGGAACCUCCAGCGGACGACGCCCCUCCUGUAGAGGAGAAAGUCGCCGAUCCUGAACCUGAGCCUGCUGGAGAUCCUCCAGUUGAAAACCCUCCGGCAACUGAGCCCACUGAAGACGCCCAGCCUGAGCCUCAGGCCGAGCCAGAAGAACCUGAACCUGCAGCAGAGCCCGAGCCUGAACCUGCAGCAGAACCUGAGCCUGAACCUGCAGCAGAACCUGAGCCUGAACCUGCAGCAGAACCCGCAGCAGAACCUGCGGAAGACGAACAGCCUCAAGGUGAACCUGACCCUGUCACUGAUCUUAUAGACAUGUAUGCUGAGCCCAGAUCAGAGGAACCGCCUGUGGAGGAUAAACCCGCUGAUCCAGAGCCUGAACCAUCGCCAGAGCCGGUCCUGAGGGCAGUCGAGCCAGAAAUAGAACCAGAAGCUCCGCCAGAACCUACACCUGAAUCUGCACCUAAAGAAGCUGUCCCUGAGCCAGAAGCUGCUACCGAACCAGCACCAGAGGCUCCACCUGAGGAGCAACCGGAGGCGGUCCAGCGAUCUGCAGAGCCUAAAGAACCACAACUUGAACCAGCUCUUGAGCCCGAAGCUGAGAAGGAAACUCCCCCACCCCUCGCUUCUGUCAAAUCAGUUAAACCUCGAAAGCGAGAUGCAUGGCGUAGCAAGUUGGCUGCUGGCGGCAAUACUAAACAGCGGCUACUGAUGGCCACGGCACCGAAGGAGACAAAACCUCUUGUGGCGGCACUGCACCAGGCGAAGGCAAGGGGCACGGAUAUCAAGCCCAUGAUUGAUGGCAUGUUGGCCACGAUCGCGUCGUAG